AUGAGUAUAAGUAUUUAUAAAAGUAAAAUAUUUAAUAGCAAGGAUAUUGUGGAUAUUAGCAUACAUGAAAAAAAGCUGAAAGUAGAGCCUUCAAGCUUUAAAGAUUGUUUUUAUAGAUUAAAUGAUAAAAGAAUAAAUAUUGAAGAAUUAGAAAAUAAAAUAGAAUAUCAAUUAACAAAUAAUGAAAUUAAUAACAGUUAUAAUAAUAAUAGUAUCAAGAAAGAAUAUAUUGUUGAAAAAGAUCAGAAUGAUGGGAAAUGUAAUAAAAAAAAAACAAAUGCUAUUGAUUUAAGUUUGGAUAAUAAUUUGAAUUAUAAUAUGCAUUUAACAUAUAAAAAUUUAGAAGAAAUAAAAUGUUUGUAUUUUUUCUUUUUAAUUAAUAUUUUAAGAUUUAAAAAUAAUUUAGAUUUAAAUGUUAUUCGAAGUAUAUGUACUCAUAUUAAUAAUAUUUCAAAUAAUGACAAGAAUAAGAAUCAAAAAAAUAUUCCUAUUCAUAAUAUUAAAGAACAUUCUUUGUAUAGUUUAACUUUAAAAGAUUUUUUUCUUUCAGUUUUAAAAAACUGUGGUAAGAAUGAAUAUAAUUUGAAUGAUUUUAAUAGAUCUAUACAUAUCGUUAUUGAACAGAGUAGUGUCAUUUUUUUGAAUACUUAUAAAAUUGUUUCUUCUUGUAAAUAUUUAACCUGUUGUUUUGCUAAUCUUUUAGAAGUUUUUAAUUUAAAUUAUGAUAUUUUAUUUAUGAAUUCUUUUAAUAAUAAUAUAAAUAAUAGUAAUAUCAAAUCUAUUAAUAACAUCGUUUCAAAUUUAAAAUGGAUGUUACAUGAUUCAAAAAUUGAAAAAAAUUCCACCCUGUCAAAAAAUUUCAGUUCGAACAUUUUGUUAUAUGUAUAUACACAAAGUAAAUUAAUCGACGAAUGUGAAUAUUUUAUGAAUGUCAUUAAUCAAAAUUUUAAAAAUUCUAUUGAAUCCUUUACUUAUGAAUAUAACGAAGAAAUGAAAUCUAUUCAUACUUAUAUUAAUAUUUUAUGUAAUAAUAUGAAUCAAACAUUUUAUAUAUAUUUAAAUAAUUUAUUAAACAUGUGUAAAAAUAUCAUGCCAUUGUAUGUAGAAAAAUUAAAUGAAUUUUUGUUAUCUGAAGAAAAAAUUAUUAAUCAUAAUGAAAAUUUUAAAACCCCCCCAGUUGAUGGAAUUAUAUUAGUACAUACCGAAAAACAUGAGAAUGAAAAUAAAGGUGACAUUAAAUCUAAUCUUGUAAAGAUAUAUGAAAAGAAUAUAUUAGAUAAAAUUGAAUUCAUGUUUAAACAAAUAAAUGAACAGAUACAAAAGAGUAACCUUCCUAAUUAUGAUAUAAUAUGUAAUAAAAAAGAAGAAAAUGAUAACAAUCAUAAAAAUGAAUAUACAUAUUUUAAUAAUAAUAGUCCUGUUGAUGUGUUAAAAAAAUUGAAUUGUGUAUUUAUAAAUAUUAGUCAUCUUAUUACAGAUAUUAUUUUACAUCUUAAUAUUUUGAAUGAUAUACGAGCAUAUAAUAAGGCCAUUGCUCAACAUAUGAAGCAGAAAAAAGUAUCUAGUUGUGUACAUAAUGUAGGUGUAGGUUGUAACGAAUUUAAAAAUUUCUUAUAUUCAUUUUUAUCAAGUGAAAAUAGUUUAUUAUUAAAUGAAUCAUAUAUAAAUAAAGAGAAAAAACUUGUUACUUCACAUUUUUAUGAUUUUCUUGAAAAAUAUUUUUCACCAUAUAAAUAUGAAGAAGAAUUGAAUGAGAUAUUAUUACCAAAAAAUAUCAAUUUUAAUUUAAAAACAGCUAAAGGAUGUAAAGAUUUUACAGGAGAAGAUAUGCAAUUGAGGAAUAUAUUUUUUGAAUAUAUUAAAAAAAAAUUCUUAUUGCAUGGAGCUGUUGAAAUUGAUACUCCUAUAUUUGAAUUAAAAGAAACUUUAAUGAAUAAAUAUGGUGAAGAUUCCAAACUAAUAUUUGAUUUAAAAGAUCAAGGAGGAGAAAGUUUAUCAUUAAGAUAUGAUUUAACUGUACCAUUAUAUCGAUUUAUUAAUACAAAUAAUAUUAGUCAUUUGAAAAGAUUUCAUAUAGGAAAGGUUUAUAGAAGAGAUGAACCAAGUAUGAAUAGAGGACGAUUUAGAGAAUUUUAUCAAUGUGAUUUUGAUAUAGUUGGAAAAUUUGAUACACUACGUACAGAUUUUCAUAUAUUAUAUAUUUUUUGGGAUAUCUUAUAUAAUUUAAGAAAUGUUCUUGGUAAUUUUAAAUGUAAAUUAAAUCAUAGAAAAAUAUUAGAAUAUAUGUUAUUAUCAUGUAAUAUACAUAAAGAUAAGGUAAAAACUGUAUCUAGUAGUAUAGACAAAUUAGAUAAGAUAACAUUUCAACAAUUUAGAGAUGAAUUAUUAAAUGACAAAGGAAUACAUAUAGAAGCAAUAGAUAAAAUUGAACAAUAUAUAUCCAAAACAUUAAGUUUAUCACCAUUUCUUGUUAUUGAAUUUUUAAGAAAUGAUUUAAAUGAAUCAACAUUAAAUGAAGAAUAUAAAUUACAAGUACAAAAUUGUAUAAACCAUUUAGAACAAAUAUUUGAUUUGCUUAAACAUUUUAAUAUGCUUAAUCAAUUUUCUUUUGAUUUAUCAUUAGCAAGAGGAUUAGAUUAUUAUACAGGAAUCAUAUUUGAAUUUGUUCUUCUUUCUGAAACAAAUGUAGGUAGUGUAGCUGCAGGGGGCAGAUAUGAUUUUUUAAUAAGAAAUAAGAGAAGAGAAUAUCUCCCAUCUGUUGGUGCUUCUAUAGGUAUAGAGCGUAUAAUAACAAUUGCUGAAGAAUAUAUCAGAAAGAAAAAUUUAUUUUGUAAAACAAAAGAUGAAACCACAAAUAAAGAUAAUAAAAGUAAUCAAAAUGAUGAAAAUGAUAAAAAUGAUAAAAAUGAUAAAAAUGAUAAAAAUGAUAAAAAUAAGAAGAAACAAAAUAUAUCUAAUAAAGAAAUAAAACCAAAUAAAGCCAAGAGCAACAGCAACAAUAAUAAUAAUAAUAGUAAUAACAAUGAGAAUAGUAAUAAAUUAAAUAUGAAAGAUAGUGCUGUUGAUGUUCUCGUAUGCAAUAUUAAAAAGGAUUGCUUCAAAGAAAUUGUUGAGUUAUGUACUAAACUAUGGGCAAAUGAUAUUUCAACAGAAUUUAUCUAUGUGAAAGAUCAGAAAAUACAAAAACAAUUAGUAUAUGCUCUUGAAAAACAAAUACCACUUGUUCUUAUUAUAGGAGAUGAAAUUGAACAAGGUAUUGUCAAGUUAAGAGAAAUCACAUUAGAUAAAGAGAAAUCAACUGGAGAAAAAGAAAUUAAUAUAAAUGAUUGUAUUCAAGAAAUAAAGAAAUAUUUUACACACAACUUCAAAUGGAAACAGAAUAUUACGAAUAUGUUAUUUGAAAUAAAGCAAUAG